GUGAUCAGCAAAUAGAAGUGCAAGUAGGAAGAUCUCACUUGCCAUCAGACGGUGAACUUUCUACUUGUAAAGGUAGGCCAUCAAAUUUUGUGCGGUCCUCAGAUGACGAGUUGGUGAAGACUG